AAUGCAAGUGAAAAUUUAGUUUAGAGUGGUGAGAAAAUUUCGGAGAGUCGUUAUAAAAGCUCUUUUUUUGUACAGAUUUCCGUUUAUAUUAAUAGAAUAAUUUGUGUGAUAAUUACAUUAUUAUCGUGUAAAUAGUGUAUGGAAUUGUUUUCAAAAUUAUUGGAUGGUUUUUUUUGUCAGAAUAACUAUUGCUGUUGCAGGCUAACAGAUAAAAGUUUGACCCGUGAAUUAUGAUAGAAAAUAGGAUCGUCAAUCAUUAAUGUUAAUAAAAUUUCUUGAUAUAUAAAUUUAUAUAUAUCUACAUAGAAAAAGGCAUUGAUAUUAAAGAAACAUCGAUAACGAAAAUGUUUAAUAAUCAAAGUCUCGACGAGAGGAUUCAAGGGAGUAUUUUCAGUAAUGAUGGUUACGAUUAUCGAAAUGAAUCAAUUGGAAAUCGUUAUUUUAUGAAAUGGAGUCCUCAGGAGGAGAUGAAAUUUUAUUCAAAAAGUCGUUACGGUUCACCGCGAAUGCUCAGUAAAUCAGUGCCAAGAAAAAAUAGAAAUCUCACCCGUUGCCGAAUAAAUCGCUCAUUAAAUUUUGACACUGGAUUAACAAAAACUGAAUUGAAAUUUAAAAAUUCGCCCAACACGAGCUUAGAGAGUAUUUGCUGCGACGAUGAUAAGCAAUUGUCACGUUCGGCGAAAAUAAUGAAGGCCUUAAAUUUCACUCCAAGUCCAAUAAGUGUCGGUAAAAAGAAAGUCAAUAAAACAUUAAAUUUUGACUUCAGUCCAAGUCCAAACAAAUUAUUAAAUUACAAUCGAAGUCCAUGCAAUAUUGUGCGUUUAAAUUUGAGCACUUCGUCACCGAAAAUUGUGAAAUCGUUGAAUUUUGAUUCAAGUCCGGCAGAAUCGAAUAUUAGUAGCAUUUUGUGUACGUCAAUUGAUUCCAUUGAUGAGAAUCAAAAUCAAACGCCAUCGCAACGACGAAGAAGUGUUAAAAAAUCAUUGAAAUACAAUAGUACACCAUUGAGAAAGGAGAAAGAAUUUGUUGAUAAAUCGCCACUAUUACGUUCCGAAUUGAGGGAGAAAAUUGACAAUAUUAUUAAAAUUUCGACACCUGAUGUGCAAAAAACUGUAAAGAACAAAAAGCCAUUUAUCAAGGAAGUCUUUGUCAGUACACCGAGAAAUUUAUUUAACGAUUUUGAUGAUGAUGAUGAUAAUGAAACAAAAGGACCUGGAACACCCAAAAAUAGAAUUCAAUUAAUUCCUGAAAGUAUGAGUGCAAUUAAGAGAAGCCACAAAAAGGAACGAUUUCCCCGUCUAGUCGAGGAGGACGAUGAUCAGCUCGCUGAGAAAUUGGACAUUUCAAACGAACAACGACCAUUAACGCCACCAAUUGAAGAGGCGGCAAAAAACACUGGCAAGAAUUUCAAUUCAAUAAAACGCUCCCACAAGAAAGAUAAGAGUCUAAAAUCAUCAUUCAAUCGUCUCGAUGACGAAUCACACGACGGCUCUAUUUUCAACUACUCUGGCAUUGAUUCCUGUGGAGAUGAUGAUGAUGAUAAUAAUAUUAACAUCGAACCGAAAAUAACGCCAUCGAAACUCAACUACGACAGUGAUUCAAAUACCAACUCAUCCGAAAUUCCCCCCGUGAAAACACCGGAAGAAAAAGGUCCAUCAACACCGAAAAAUUCCAUUAACAUAAUGGAGAGAAUCACAGGCAGUUCCAUUAAAAAAUCACACAAAAAAUUGAAGGACAAACGAAAAAUUCUCAAAGCAAACAUUAUCGAAACAAUUGAAUCAUCGGAAAGAUCGACAACACCCGAAAAUACAAAUUCAAGUCGUCUUCUCUUGCCAAAUUUCAGUUCCGUGAAAAAAUCGCACAAAAAAGACAAGAGAAGUAAAAUUCUAACAAAUUUCGCGAGACGACAAAAAAUGUUCAGUUAUGAUCGUGAAAAAUUACAAUUCUCAUCAUCGACCAGUGAGGAUGAAAUUUUAAAAAUUAACCAAAAUUUAAAAUCACCCGACACUUCACCACAAAAAAGAAAAUCGACUACAAAUCUCGAUGAUGAAUUUCAUCCAUUGCUGAACGAUUCCGACGAAUACACCACAGCACACGAUGAGGAAUUCAAAAUUUUUACACCCAUUAAAAAAAUUAAAUCAGCUCCCAAUCGAAAAUUCACUGCCACUGAAUUUGAUCUUCCUUUAACACGCUGUGAAACACCAAUUUUCACUCACGAUAUUAACGAUCAUCAUGAUGAUCAGAAACAAAUUCAAGAGCACACAUUCAUUACACCGGAGAAAAAUUACCAAAUUCCCCCAAAGGAAAAAUCGACACCCAAGGAAAAAAGAUCGAAACGCAAGACAAAUGGAAAAAUAACACCAAAAAAUAAUAGAUCGUCAUUGAAUUUAAUUGCGAAUGUUAAUUCCGUGAAGAAAUCGCAUAAAAAAGAAAAGAAGGGUAAUCGUUUUUCAAUUAGAAAUGAAUCGAUGAAUCAAGAAACACCAAUGAAGGAAAUUUUCGCCGCUGAUUUAUUGAAUGUAUCGAAUUUUUUAACACCCGAUUCGAGUCUUCAUUACAGUAAUAAUACGAGUGAGGCGAGCUUUAAAAAUAUCUCUCAAAUGGCGACGAAAUUUUUGCAAAAUUAUGAAUUUGAUGAUUCUAAACCGUCAACGAGUUAUGAAAUUGUUAAUGACAAGGAGGAGGAAUAUUCAAAGUCAUUGACCCCACCGAAUUUAUUGAAAAUGAAGAAAUAUUUUAAGAAACAACAAACUGAGUCAAUUAAAAAAUCACAUAAAAAGAAACGCGAGGAAUUGAGGAACAAUGUAAUUGUUCAAGAUUUAGAAUUUUCCGAUGAUGGUUCUAUUUUUACGAAUGAAGAUCGAAUUAAUGAUUUUUCAGUAAUUGAUCGUGCAAUAAUUGAGAAAAAUCAAAAUGGAAAUUCAAAUGAUCUUCAAUGUUCAUCAAUUGUUGUUAAUAUGAAUGAAAGUUUUUUCAAUCAAAAGGUACGAACAACUCGUAGUACUUCAAGAUGUCUUCUUAGAAAUUUGUCAAAAGACGGCUCACUUUUUGACACGGAUGAAGAAGGACAUUAGACAUUUAGGAAUCAGCCAGUUUCAAUGAAGAAAUCAAAUCAUAAUAAUAAUUAUAAAGUCUGAUAAAAACUCAGUAGGAGUAUAAAAACUAAGACUUUUAUAGAAAUUAAAAUAUGAAUGAUUCCCAGGUAAACUUUUUUUUUACUAAAAAAAAAAAGGAAAAGAAGAAAUUUUGAAUAAAAAAUAAUUUUAAAUCGUUUCUGACAUUUAAAUUUCUAAAAAUUUAAAUGAAUGCAGAAUUUCAUUUUAUUAAAUCUU